AUGGUUUCCAACGAUCUGGCAUCAGAAGUGCCGAAAUCGAAAGCACCGACUACUCACACUAGCUCACAACCUCCCGCCCAUCUGCUUGCUAUCUACCCUCUAACUCUUAUUCUGGGCUCCAUUUACUCUCGAAUAUCACCGACCGCGAACCCCCCAAGCCCAUCAUCGAUAUCUUCGCAAUCUCAAGAGCCGGUCAAUUAUUUUGCCCGGAAAGGAAAUGUCUUCAACGUGUAUUUCGUUAAAAUCGGAUGGCUCUGGACAAGCCUAGCAUUCCUAUCACUGCUUCUAACACAGGAAGCGUUUACCAGUAAAAGGAUCUCCGCAAACUGUCAGCUGCGACGCGUCGGACAAGCCCUCCUUCGCUAUUUGCUCGUUACUUUUUCCUGGAUCUUGACGACACAGUGGUGCUUUGGGGCCCCCAUAAUUGAUCGCGGUUUUCUUGCUACUGGUGGAAGAUGCGAAUUGAUCCAACAACAAAUGUUUGAUGAUCCUUCGCAGUCCGACUUACCUCCAGCUGUGGUCCUGACCUCAGUGUUGUGCAAAGCGUCAGGGGGUACCUGGAAAGGUGGCCACGAUGUAAGCGGCCAUGCCUUUAUGCUGGUUUUAGCAAGCGCAUUUUUGAUAUUUGAGAUGAUGGGCACCAGAUCUUCUGUCAUUAUCAGCAGUGGUAAUGUGAAUGGUGCUAGGGGGCCAGCGCAGAAGACCACGGAUAAAAAAGUUACUGACUGUGGGCCUAAUGGUAUCGAGGAGCUUUUUGCGGAGCUUUCUAGGAAAUUCGUUUGGACAAUUGUGGGUCUAUCUUUGUGGAUGUUACUCAUGACAGGGAUAUGGUUUCAUACAUGGCUUGAAAAGGUCAGUCCAUUAGCUACUUUCGUCUACGAGCUGCUUCUUUCCGUGCUCUUGGGUUUCCCGUCUUCAUUCACUAACAGUUACUCCUAA